UCACAGAAGGAGAGUUCGUUACUUUAAAAUCAGACUCCUUCAUUAUGGGUUUUUCCCUGACUUCAGUCCUGUUAACAGUUAUAUGUGUUUUGAUUGGGUGGAUGUUGAAAAGCAGCAAGAAAAGCAACCAAGAGCCUAAAGUCAAAUCAGAAUCUCAUCCAUGGGUGGAUGAAGACUUAAAAGAUAGCACUGAUCUUCACCAAGAGGAAGAAGAUUCUGAUGAAUGGCAAGAAUCAGAUGACAACCUUGAACAUGUCCCAUUAUCCUGGAAACGCUAUCCUGAGAGUGAAAUGAUUCAGAGGUCAAAAGAAUUUUACGAACUUCUUCAGAAGAGGCGGUCGGUCAGGUUUAUAAGUAAUGAGCCAGUUCCCAGAGAGGUUAUUGACAAUGUCAUCAAAACUGCAGGAACUGCCCCAAGUGGAGCACACACGGAGCCUUGGACAUUUGUGGCUGUGCAGGAUCCAGAUAUAAAGCACCAGAUUCGAGAGAUUAUUGAAGAGGAAGAGGAAGUGAACUACAGGAAGAGAAUGGGAGAUCGUUGGGUUGCUGAUCUGAAGAAAUUUAAAACCAACUGGAUCAAAGAAUACCUGGACACGGCCCCUUUUCUGAUCCUCAUUUUCAAGCAGGUGCAUGGCUUUACUUCAAAAGGCAAAAAAAAGACUCAUUACUACAAUGAGAUUAGUGUUUCCAUUGCCUGUGGCAUUCUCCUUGCUGCCCUUCAGAAUGCAGGCCUGGUGACCGUCACUACCACCCCACUGAACUGCGGUCCUAGACUGAGGGCACUGCUGCGACGCCCCCUCAAUGAGAAGCUCCUCAUGCUCCUCCCCGUGGGCUAUCCCAGCAAAGAGGCCACCGUGCCCGAUUUAACCCGCAAACCCCUGACUGAGAUAAUGGUCACUGUGUAGGGUGGACCACUGCCCCAAAGAUGCUACUCCAAGAUGCUCCUCCCUACUCAUCACAUAUCCUUCCCUCCCCACUGAAUUUCUUUCCUCCUUUGCACUCCAGCUACUCCUUCAAGAGAGUCUGGUCUGCCUUCACCUGGAUGACACCUCAAUGGCAAUUAAACUACUGCAAAUAAUCUCA